AUGGAAGAAGAAGCAACCAGGUUAGGUUAUCCAUUAAAUAUAUUUCAAUGGAAUAAAACUGAUAAGAAAUCAAUUUUGGAAGAAAGAGUUGAAAAAUAUGCUCAUAUUCACAUUGAAAAAUUUCCAAGAGUAACAUCAGGUAUGAUCGGUUGGGUAUCGAGCAAUAACGAUAACAAUUUAGAUAAACUUUUCGGUCCGGUAUACGAAAAUGUAAAACUAUCAAAACCGGAAGUAGAAGAUCCAUAUUUAAAACAUCAACAUUUUAUUUACUUUGGAUAA